AUGGAUGCCAAUUUAUCAGUCAUGCAAGAGCCAUCGUUGCUUGAAAUCCUUCAAUUCCAGUAUCCUAAUGUACUCUCGGCACAGUCAAUGGGCGCUGACCACGCAAAAAUUCCCACGAUUCAGUCUGUAAAGGAUUUGAUCGACGUCCGAACAACGGUAUUCCUACGAAACUUUCUCCCAGGAUGGCAGGACUCUGGACUUCUUGACCAUAUGAGCCAUGCACCGCCCAAAGUCAAGACACCUAAAGCUGGAAACACCACUCUUGUACCGUUAGAAGCUCUUGGCAUGGCUCAAGAAAUGUACAUUGAGCAAGUCGAUGCUAAGUUGAGCGGGCGCCAGGCAGCAAUAUCCUGGCAGGACAAUAUUACAACCUACUCUGAUUCGUCUAUCGAUGUCCAAAAACUCAAUCUCGACAAGAAUUUCAAAGAGCUUAUCAGUACUGAUGAUGACAGAAUUUUUGAAGAACUUUGA